UUCAUAAAGCGACAGUAAAAAUACCGUGUGCUCAGAAAUUGCAGUCAAACUAAAUAAGAGCUACCCCGAACGAAAUUUUUGUCGCUAGUCAGAACUGAUAAGAACGGUCCGUCAAUUUCUCAUACAUACUUCUUUCUAGUCAUUUUCAAAAUAUAGUUCGCGGCGGUUUGUGAUAUUUGUUUUUGUCGUUUUUCGUGGUUUCAUUAUUAUUUUGAUCACUGUAAAGUGGUGUUGAAUUUUAAAAACAGUAAGUGAGAUGGUCUGUAGUGGAAAAGUGAUCAUUUCGUUCGUACAACACCACAUCGGCGACUGUUGAUUCUCCGCCAAGAGGUUAUGUACUCUACUAGUUUCCACAUCAUGACGACAAUGCUUGUACUUCGCCCACUAUCUGAACCGGCAGGGAUGGAUCGUGUUUUGUGUAAUUACAUAACAUCUGAGUGUAGCGAACGGAGAUGGAGGGGCCGCUGCGAGGGCCGCCGGGCCUGGAUCCGCAAGGACCGGGCCCGCGCGACCCCGGCCGGGACCACCCGCAGCACAGCACACCGCAGCGGACACCAUCGCAUCAGGUCGACGUCUGCGUACAGGCCGACCUCCGCGGCGCCGAGCCGCUCUCGUACGAGUCGGAGGAUGAGGGGAUGGGCCGGCGCACGGGGUCGGGCACGGGCUGCUCGGGCGGCGGCGGCGGCGGCGCCCGGCGCUCGCGGCGCCCUCUGCACGGCGGCGGCGCGCACUACAGCAAGCAGGACAUCCGCGAGCAGUACUGCAUCACGGACAAGCAGCUCAUCGGGCUCGAGCGCCGCGGCAACCAGGGCAUCUUCGGCUGUCUUUCCUACGAGAACUCGCCAUGCGGCUCGUCGCGGUCCUCGCUGCUGUCGGUGUGCAUGCGGCGCAAGGUGCCCAGCGACGAGAACCUGCACGAGGCGGCGCCGCUGCCGCGCUGGUCGCGCUACGCGAGCGCCGCCGCCCGCGAGGACCUGGCCGCCCCCGGGACGCUGCGCCGCCGGCCCCGCUCCGUGUGCGCCGCGCCCCAGGGGGGCCCGCCGGGGGGCCCCGACCCCAAGCGCUACACCUGGACGGCCGAGGACGAGGACGCCACGCCCCGCAUGGUAAGUGCGCCUCGCUAUUCCCUGCCUUGCCUCGCGCUGUCGCCGGGGACCUCCGUUUUGUCCCCGAACCUCCCCCUAGCAGCAGCAGCAUCAGCACAGCAGAGGGACCUCUCGAGGGACGAGCUCUGA